AUGUUUAAUACAAAAUUUCCUUCAGUUUCAAUAAAUGAAAAGUUAUAGAAACGUAUUUUGAGAUCGAAGAUCGUUAAGAUACUGAACAGUUAGUUUUAGAAUUAUUGCAACAAAUUCUUAAAAAUAGAGAGAAUGUAAUCAGAAAUAGACACAAGGAAGACUGAAUUCGAGUUAGAAGAUCAAAAUUUAAUAUAAAUGCUGCCAGUUCAUCCACCUAUGAAAUUUACUUAGGAAGAGAGGCGUCAUUGUUAAAGGAUGAACAUCAAUAUUCCGACUCCUUUGGAAAUGCAAUAAAAACUGAAAGCGUAAUUAACCCAUUAAGAAUUAUUAGAAAUUGGGGAAGAUCCUGCCUAUUUUAUUUAGGAUGAAGAAAUGAGAAGAUUGAAUUGGAAUGAGGAAGAUUGGUUAUCAAAAUCACACACUCAUUUGAAAUAGGAGAUGAAGGACAUUCCUUAAAUAAAAUCUAGCAGUAAUUUAAUAAAAAUAAAAAAACCGACAAUCAGAUCAAAUACUGAAGAUAGAACUGAAAGGAAGAGAAAAAUGAUUGAAGAUUAAGUCAAGAGAUUGCAUGAAAUAAAUGAAACUAAUUUUUAGAAGGUCAAAUAUAAUCAAGAAACAAAAGAAAUGGAAAAACAAAAAGAGCAAGCUAAGUUGAAUGAAAAAUUUAAGUCAAAAAUAGAUGUUCAAAUUAAGAAAGAGGAUGCUAGACAUGAAAGUCACCAAAGAAUAGCCGAGUAUAAAUAAUAAUAAUAAUAAUUGAUAAAGGAGAAAAUAGAAUAACAUAAAAAACAAAUUAUGGAGGAGGAGGAGAUGAUUAGAUUGCAUCAAAGAUUGAAAUAGAUUUGUCAAAAUAAAUAAGUGAAUAAUCUAAUUGAUUCGAAUCUGAAAGAUAGAAUAGAAAAAGCUAUCAAAUGCCAAACAAAUAAAUGA